AUGGAAAGUACAGUAGAAAUGGCUGAUACAGUGCUUGUGAAGUCGUCUCUCUGCUCGAUGUGGUGGUCACUGCGCUGGAUCUGCUUUUCAUUGCCUUCGAUCAAUCGUGUGUGGGCGAGCUACGUGUGGGCGUUCCGUUAUGAUCGUCAUGAGAUCUCGCCUACGUCAGGUGUGGUGUACCCGGAAGACUUCAUCAUCACACUAAUAUCCGCUAGUGUUGCGAUGGCUUUCUCGUCUGUGUUGGUAACGAUUCUGUCGGUGGUGCUGUAA